AUGGCUUUGGUUGCAGUGGGCGCUUGCUAUAUGGACACGAUUUUAACGUUUGUCUCAUUCUUAGCCUCACGUACGUCAACUCCAAGGGUUAAUGCAUUAAAACAUUCUUGUAGGACACCACACUACCCAGCUGAGGAUGAAAAACAACGGGCAACGAGUAUUUCUCGUCGACGAGGGGAAACUGUCCUUCAGCAACUGAUAGCCGCGUCAUAUCAAUCACUUUCGCUGCACCUUGUCUCCGUGUUGCCUGCUAGGUUAUCUUCUGCUUCACAAUACAUCAUUUCAGAUUUGGAACCGGGAGUCCAGCUGAAGCAAUGUAUAUUCCGAGAGGCAUCGCAGGAGCCAGCUUCGUGUUACAUCAUUAAGAGCCAAGCUACUGGCAGCAGAACAGUAGUCAAUCAUAAUGAGUUGCCUGAGAUGACAGUCGAUGAGUUUAUCGAGAAUGUCCAAAGGCUAGAACCCUGCCCGACAUGGGUUCACUUCGAAGGCCGCAUCCCCGAGGUGACUCGAGAAUGUAUUCGAUACGUUCAACGACAAUUUCCCUCCGCAAGCGUUAGUGUUGAGAUUGAGAGACCAGGUCGCCCGGGCCUUCAGGAACUCGCGAAACUGGCAAAUGUGGUUUUCUAUGCAAAGUCAUGGGCACUGGUCAGUAUCCAGACUCCGCGAAGCUGA